AUUCAUUCGUUCAUUUUAUAUAUCAAGUCGAGCGGUGUGUGGUGUGGUACUUGUGAGAAAAUUACUGAAAUCACGAGUUUUAUUUUGAAAUAUAUCAAUCCCUCUAAAAUAAAAUGGCCUUACAUAUUCCCAAAGCACCGGGUGUGCCUUCAAUGUUAAAGGAUGGAGCUCGAAUGUUUUCUGGUUUAGAAGAAGCAGUUUACAGGAACAUCAAUGCUUGCAAGCAGUUUGCACAGAGUGUGCGCUCGGCGUACGGUCCCAAUGGCAUGAAUAAGAUGAUCAUCAAUCACAUUGAGAAACAGUUUGUUACCAGUGACGCUGGCACCAUUAUCCGGGAACUGGAUGUGGAGCACCCCGCUGCAAAGUUAAUGGUACUCGCCAGUCAGAUGCAAGAUGCUGAAGUUGGUGAUGGUACCAACUUUGUUAUAGUUUUAUCAGGGGCACUCUUAGAAGCCGCUGAAGAGCUACUGCGCCUUGGUGUUACUACAAGUGAAAUUGCUGAAGGAUAUGAGCAAGCUCUUGAAAAGUGCUUGGAAAUUUUACCUGACUUAGUAUGUGAAGAAAUCAAAGAUUACAAAAACAUUCAGGCUAUUGUCAAGGGAAUUAAACCAUCUAUUAUGUCAAAGCAAUAUGGAAAUGAAGAUUUCAUUGCUGAACUUGUGGCUAAAGCUUGUGUUGCUAUACUCCCAGAACAAACUACAUUUAAUGUGGACAAUGUGAGGAUUUGUAAGAUUCUUGGAGCUGGCCUUCUUCAAUCUCAAGUUCUCUCAGGAAUGGUGUUCAAACGUGAAGUGGAAGGAGAUGUGACUUCAGCUAGCAAAGCUAAAGUGGCCAUAUACUCUUGUCCAGUUGACAUUACCCAAACAGAGACUAAAGGCACAGUUUUAAUCAAAACUGCUGAUGAACUGCUUAAUUUCAGUAGAGGUGAAGAAUCACUCCUUGAGAAACAAAUCAAAGAUAUUGCUGAUUCUGGUGUCAAAGUUGUUGUAGCUGGUGCUAAGUUUGGAGAUAUGGCUUUACAUUUCUUGAACAAGUUUGGAAUUAUGGCUGUCCGUUUGAAUUCUAAGUUUGAACUACGUCGUCUAGCAAAGACCGUCAAUGCCACUGUUUUACCCCGUAUCACCACACCAACCGCUGAGGAGCUGGGUUACUGUGAUACAGUAACUGUGGAAGAAUUGGGUGACACCAGGGUUGUUGUGUUCCGCAUGGAGAGCUCGGAGUCCCGCAUAUCCACUGUGGUGAUCAGAGGGUCUACUGACAACUACAUGGACGAUAUUGAGAGGGCUAUCGAUGACGGUGUCAACACUUUCAAAGGCAUUGCUAGGGAUGGAAGGUUUAUGUCUGGUGCUGGCGCUACCGAAGUAGAGUUGGCUCACAGACUGAUGCAGUAUGCUGAUACAUUGCCGGGCUUGGAACAGUACGCUGUGAGGAAGUUUGCUGUUGCCCUGGAAAGCAUACCUCGUGCACUAGCAGACAAUUCUGGUGCCAAUGCCACAGAAGUAGUUAACAAUAUUUACAAAGCUCACAGGGAUGGAAACAAGUAUUCUGGAUUUGAUAUUGAUUCGGAAAAUAAUGGUGUUUGUGACGCAAAGGAAAAAGGAAUACUCGAUUUGUAUGUCCUCAAAUAUUGGGGCCUGAAGUAUGCUGUAGGCGCUGCAACCACUAUUCUUAAAGUGGAUCAAAUCAUCAUGGCUAAACGAGCUGGUGGACCAAAGCCCAGGAAACCUGAAGGAAGUGAUGAUGAGUCUUAAAAUUUUAAAAUAAUUUCUUUAAUAUAGUAAAAAUAGCUUACUGUCAAUUUUAAAAUUGGCAAUGUUUUAACAUAUUAAAAUUACCUUAAUUUUAAUACUGCAUCAUAUUAAUUUAAGAAUUUGCUUCAGUUCAGUUUUACUUAUGUAUUCGCGAAAAUUUAUGCUUUAACCAUCAUUAAAUAUUCACCUACAUUAUGGA